AUGGACGACACCUUUGUCAUCUGGCCACAUGGGCCUUACAAGCUGAAAGAAUUCCUGAACCACCUAAAUAGUGUUCACCAGUGCAUUCAUUUCACAAUGGAGACCAAAAUUGAGGUCCAUCUCCCCUUCCUGGAUAUAGAUAUUUACAGGAGACCCAACAGUUCUCUGGGCUAUAGAGUGUACUGCAAAUUCAGCCAUACAAACUUCUACCUUAAUGCUGCGUCCCACCACCACCCAUCCAACAAGCAAGUUGUACUUUCCACAUUGGUGCACAGGGCUAGAGCUCUUUGUGAUCAAGACAGCAUACAUGCAGAGUUUGUGCUCCUGGGAGACGUUUUCAGGCGGAACAGUUACAACAACCGGCAGAUCCGCAGAGUUCUCAACCAUCGUCCAAACAUCAGUCAGCCCGAUGAUAAACUGGACUCAGUCACCUUCCUGCCCUAUGCAGGGACUAUAUUCAAUCAAAUCAGCAGAGUGCUGUCCUGGCACAACAUCAAAUCAGUGGGCCUGCCUCCAAAGAAAUUAUCUAGUUUCGUCCAGCCAGUCAAAGAUAGCCUAGGACUGAGGACACCAGGUGUAUACAGUAUCCCAUGCAAGUGA